GUUGUGUUCCCGCCAACUCGCGCCACUUUCCGUGCCGUGACGAAUUUCGAAUCAUCUCAACGUUUCUUUCUCUUUGUUACUUUUGAUCAUAAUUUUGUGCAGCAAGGCUCGUAGGCCCUCAUCAUGGUUGCCGAUAGAAAUUCCGACAGGAUGUACGUCUUGAAAAGAGGUGGGCGUAAAGAGGAGGUGCACUUCGAUAAAAUCACAUCAAGAAUUCAAAAACUUUGUUAUGGGUUGGACAUGGAUUAUCUUCAUCCGGCCUCCAUUACUCUCAAAGUUAUCAAUGGUUUGUAUCCGGGUGUCACAACUGUUGAGCUUGAUAAUCUUGCUGCGGAGACUGCAGCCACCAUGACUACAAAGCAUCCAGACUAUGCUGUGCUUGCUGCCCGUAUUGCAGUCUCUAACCUGCACAAAGAGACCAAAAAGAGUUUCAGUGAGGUCAUGCAUGACUUAUACAACAUAUAUAAUGAAGCUACAAAGUUGAAGUCUCCCAUGAUAUCCGAUUUUCAUUAUGAAGUCAUUACUAAGAAUGCUGAUCGUUUGAACUCUGCCAUUAUCUACGAUAGAGACUUUUCUUACAAUUACUUUGGUUUCAAGACUUUGGAAAGAUCAUAUCUUCUUAAGAUUGGCGGUAAGGUUGUUGAACGUCCUCAACACAUGUUGAUGAGGGUUGCUGUUGGUAUUCAUGGGGAUGAUAUUGAUGCUGCCAUUGAAACUUACAACCUACUGUCUGAGAGAUAUUUCACUCACGCUUCACCCACUCUGUUCAGUGCUGCUACUCCUCGUCCUCAACUUUCAAGUUGCUUCCUGCUGUCUAUGAAAGAUGAUAGUAUUGAAGGCAUUUACGACACACUGAAAGACUGUGCUUUGAUUUCUAAGUCAGCUGGAGGUAUUGGUGUUAACAUUCACUGUAUUCGUGCCAAGGGAAGUUAUAUUGCUGGCACUAAUGGUACAUCAAAUGGUAUUAUUCCCAUGCUUCGUGUGUACAACAACACAGCUAAAUACGUAGACCAAGGUGGAAACAAGCGUCCUGGUGCGUUUGCUAUCUACCUUGAACCAUGGCAUGCAGAUGUGUUUGAUUUCCUAGACCUGAAAAAGAACACUGGCAAGGAGGAGGUUCGUGCAAGAGACCUUUUUUAUGCCUUAUGGAUUCCUGACUUGUUCAUGAAGAGAGUUGAGAAAAAUGAGAAAUGGAGCCUCAUGUGUCCUCAUCAGAGUCCUGGUCUUGCUGACUGUUGGGGAGAGGAAUUUGAAAAGUUGUAUGAAAAGUAUGAACAAGAAGGACGCUACAUGAAACAAAUAAAUGCUCAGCAGUUGUGGUUGGCCAUUAUUGAGUCUCAAGUAGAAACUGGCACACCUUACAUGUUGUACAAAGAUGCUUGCAACCGCAAAUCCAAUCAGCAGAAUGUAGGAACAAUUAAAAGCAGCAAUCUUUGCACUGAGAUUGUUGAGUAUUCCUCGCCGACAGAAAUUGCUGUUUGUAAUUUGGCAUCAGUUGCCGUUAACAUGUUUGUGAAGCCUGACAAAACCUACGACUUUGUAAAGCUGAAAGAGGUGACAAAGACUGUGACCAAAAACCUGAAUAAAAUAAUUGAUGUGAACUAUUAUCCAGUUCCAGAGGCCCGCAAUUCCAACAUGCGCCACAGGCCAAUAGGAAUUGGUAUUCAAGGCUUGGCUGAUGCUUUCAUUUUGAUGCGCUUGCCUUUUGAAAGCCAAGGUGCACAGGAUUUGAAUACUAAAAUUUUUGAAACUUUAUAUUAUGCUGCACUUGAAGCCAGUUGUGAGCUUGCUGAGACACUUGGCCCAUAUGAAACUUAUCCUGGUUCUCCAGUCAGCAAGGGGAUUCUACAACCUGACAUGUGGAAUGUGACACCGUCUAAACUCUGGGAUUGGGAUGCUUUACGUAGCAAGAUUGCAAAACAUGGUGUGAGGAACUCUUUAUUGCUUGCACCUAUGCCAACUGCCUCAACAGCGCAGAUUUUGGGUAAUAAUGAGUCUAUUGAGGCCUACACAUCAAAUAUUUACACAAGGAGGGUAUUAUCAGGAGAGUUCCAGGUUGUAAAUCACCACUUGCUGCGUGAUCUGACAGACAUUGAUCUCUGGGAUGAUGACAUGAAGAAUGAGAUUAUUUCCAAUGGUGGAUCUAUUCAGAACAUUGACAGAAUCCCCAAAGAAAUCAAGGAGCUAUACAAAACAGUUUGGGAAAUUUCACAGAAAACUGUUAUAAAAAUGGCUGCUGAUAGAGGGGCCUUCAUUGAUCAAUCUCAAUCACUAAAUAUCCAUAUAGCUGAGCCAAAUUAUGGGAAGCUCACAUCCAUGCAUUUCCAUGCCUGGAAGUUGGGUUUGAAAACUGGUAUGUACUACUUACGAACAAAACCAGCUGCUCAAGCUAUUCAGUUCACUGUUGAUAAGCAGAAACUUGCCAAGAACAACUCUGUCAAUGGAACAACAAAUGGGACUCUUAGCAAUUCAAAGGACAACAGUCAAAAUGUUGCUGCUAUGGUGUGUUCCCUACAAAACAAAGAUGAUUGUCUCAUGUGCGGUUCUUAAAACGUUUUAACAGUAUCGAUUGUAAUCUAUGUGUCUUUUUAUUGUUUGUACCAUAAAGCAAUGAGCUAUUUUAAGCACUGUAUUUUUAAUAACAUUUUUAAGCACUUGCCACAGCGGUGUCUUUAUCGUCUUCUUACGUACUGGUAAUUGCAGUAAAUGGGAGUACUAUGCACAAUGCUGUGAAAAGAAUCAAUUCUGUAUUUGCUGUUUUUUUAAGUUAAAAUAUUUUUAUUAAUAUUUAUUAAACACAUCUUAAACUCA